AUGCAGAAGAGUGUCAGUCUAUCCAAGCAUAAUUCUCUGAGACUGACAACUCAGCAAUCUCUUCGUCGUCUGGGUCUAUGUUCUCAAGUGUCGACUGGACAACAAACUUCACCUGUUGUCUUCCCUGAAAAACGUAAUAGCAGAGGAAAGGCUGCAAGUGCUAACAACGCUAAUCCUAAUGAGGCUAAGAGGGAUGAACAUAGGAUUGAUGUUGGAGAUGAGAAGUCUGACUUACUAGGAUAUGAAGUAUUCACAGGAAAGCUCUCUCUCGACAAAAGAAAAUCUUGUCAAAACCUUGAGGUACAGACUUCGGAGAGUUCAAACUCGGAUGCAGUUGAUGCUAAAUUAACGAGCAAGGCACUGAUUUGGGGCUCUAACAUACUGCGGCUAGAUGAUGUGAUUUCGCUGUCGUGCUGUGUUGGUCUUAGACAUUUUACUGUCCAUGCAUAUCCUGUUAGAAAGGGUUCGUGUUGCCUUUUCACUAAAAGUGGGAGAAGUAGGAAGGACUUUCGUUUUUUCGCAUCCACCUCAGACGAUGCCAUUCAGUGGGUCAAUGCUUUUGCUGAUCAACAAUGCUAUGUUAAUUGCUUGCCUCACCCAAUGGCGUCUAAGAAACCGAGCUCAGAUCUGGUAUUCAACGAGUUUCCUCCUGAGUCAUAUAUAAGAUGUAAAAGUGCACCCAAAAUGCUCGUCAUUUUAAACCCUCGAUCCGGACGUGGUCGAUCAAGCAAAGUUUUUCAUGGUCUGGUUGAGCCUAUAUUCAAGCUCUCUGGAUUUGAGUUGGAAGUUGUUAAAACACAAUCUGCUGGUCAUGCUCGAAAACUUGCAGCCAGUGUUGAUUUCAGUACAUGUCCUGAUGGUAUUAUAUGUGUAGGAGGUGAUGGAAUCAUAAAUGAGGUUUUGAAUGGUUUACUCAGUAGAGAAAACCAGAAAGAAGCUAUUUCAAUCCCGAUCGGAAUCAUACCUGCUGGUUCUGAUAAUUCAUUAGUCUGGACGGUUCUUGGAGUUAGAGAUCCAAUAUCUGCAGCAAUAGCAAUAGUGAAGGGAGGUCUUACUGCCACUGAUGUUUUUGCUGUCGAGUGGUAUCAUACUGGAGCCAUUCACUUUGGGAUGACAGUAACAUACUUCGGUUUUAUAAGCGAUGUACUGGAGCUCUCCGAAAAAUACCAGAAACGAUUUGGCCCAUUGCGCUACUUUGUCGCCGGUUUUCUUAAAUUUUUAUGCUUGCCCAAGUACAGCUACGAGCUGGAAUACCUCCCAGCCCGAUUGGAAGCCCGUGAAGGCAAACUCCCAGGCGACCACGACGUCAUAGACAUGGCCGAGCUCUACACCGACAUAAUGCGUCGGUCGAGCAAGGAAGGCCUCCCCCGUGCUUCCAGCCUCUCGAGCAUCGACUCCAUAAUGACCCCGAGCCGCAUGUCGGGGGCCGAUGUCGACACAACCUGCAGCAGCAAUGAGCCCUCAGAUUACGUCCGGGCCAUCGACCCGAAAUCCAAACGCCUCUCGGCUGGAAGGAACAACAUAACCGGGCCCGGGCCUGAGCCGGAAGUCAUCCACCCUCCUCUCCCACUAUCGGCCACUCCGAACUGGCCCAGGACCCGAUCCAAGUCACGGAGUCGAGCCGGGCCAAAUGCUGCUAAUGACCCCACCAGAGGUUCGUGGGCCACAACCACAACUUACGACAGGGAGGAUAUCUCUUCGACGUUAUCGGACCCCGGCCCGGUUUGGGAUGCCGAGCCCAGGUGGGACUCGGAGCCCAACUGGGAUGUGGAGAACCCAAUUGAGCUGCCGGGUCCACCUGAGGGGUCGGAGGGAGAUGAUGUGAAGGAUAUGGAAAGUGUGGUGAGAUCAGAGGAAAAUUGGGUGGUCACGAAAGGUAAGUUUCUUGGGGUGCUCGUGUGCAAUCACUCGUGCAAGACUGUGCAGAGUUUGAGUUCUCAAGUGGUGGCCCCAAAGGCGGAGCACGAUGACAACACUUUGGACCUAUUGCUGGUGCGUGGGAGCGGGCGGUUUAAGCUGUUAAGAUUUUUCUUGCGCCUGCAAAUGGGAAAGCAUCUUUCCUUGCCGUAUGUUGAAUAUAUUAAGGUUAAGUCGGUCAGAAUAAAACCUGGAAAGCACACGCACAAUGGAUGUGGCAUCGAUGGUGAACUAUUCCCAGUGAACGGACAAGUCAUAUGUGCUGGUCGACAUCGCGAGCAAUGGAGGCCUGACGGGAAUUUCACGCCAGCCUGGGAGCGCGAUGGACAACGUGGCGGCGACUUCCAUGUUCAUGAGCAGAACAAUGCCAAUGCUUUCUCAGCGGCCUGGAAUCGCAAUUUCCAACGUACUACAGCGGACGCCAGGGACCGCGACGUGCCUCGCUGGAGCACGGACUUUGAUGAGCCCCCUCGCUUCGUCCAUCAUCGGGCAGCCGCGAGUUUCAACGACCAGCAGGGGCAUCGUCACACGGGCUGGAGUUUUGGGGAUCCCUCGGAGUUAGUGCCCGACGUGUGCAGUAUCUACGACGCUCCAGCAAUUUUUGAUGAGGAACCGGCUGGGCAGGCGGAAGAGGAGGAUUAUUCAGAUGAAGCUAUUGCCUUCAUGAAGAGAAUAGUAAUGCAGAGGGAAGUUGAUUGA